GCAAGUGAGGCCGAUGUUGUUGUUACUAGUAUCUUUGGUUGUUUGAAUGUCUGCAAGAGACUGCUCGUUAUCAAUCACGACCUGAUAUCUGGAAUCUUUUUGCCAGUGAUCAAGUAUUGUGUUGUCUGACCAGAACUUCGCCUCUGCGAAGAGCUUACAGUUAUCCAUUGAAAACAAUCUGUCGAAACACGGAAUACCUCAUCGAGUGCUGCAUUUGGUGGUCCAGACGCAUCCAAGAUGGAGACCCAUGUUGCAGGUCCGGUUUUGGCGACGAUAAUGUAUGAGCUGGCGAAUUGCGCUAGCGAUACCGCCGGUGUGUUAUUGGGCCGCGUGGACAGCCGUGAGGUCUCCAGUGUCAGCGACACCAGCGACGUGACAACAACGGAAGUGACGCGAACAAUGAUAAUUGAAGAAGUUGCGACAUGCCAUGAUAUCUCCGGCCUAUGGUAUCGAGAUGGCAGCAUCAAUGAAGACGCUUUCGACGUAACGGUACCUCAAGAAGCACGUGACAGAAUUGUAGGAUGGUAUCGGUAUCGGCGGCACACAAGAGAAGUGCCCACGAUCAGAGAGACUUCGUUUCACCAAGCACUGGCAUUACGCUGCACUGCUGUGCCACCGUCGGAAUUUGUCUUCAAUCUGUGGUCAUGGAAGUUAGAUGACAACUCAGCGUUACACACUUAUCUGUACACGUUCUUUCGGAACAUUGGUGGCAUUGAGCGUUUUCAAUUUCCCGUGUCAAUCGUUAACCUGGGCUCGAUACGUAAACUGACGUAUAAGGAUACGCAGUCGAGUGCUGUGGCAUGUCACUCUGCCUCGGAGACUAUGCAGCGCCAUGUUGGUGAUCAUGCCGCAACUAGUCGUGAUGUCAUCGAAACCUCUUACCGUGCUCUCCUGGAUCAGCUCAAGGCAUCCGCGGUCAGCGUUGGCGAGUGCGGUCAUGACUUAGAUGCGCUAUCCAGGGAAGUGGAGUCUCUGCGCAUUCAAGUUGCGGAGGAAGAGAAGGGCCUUCACGAAGAGCGCCUGUUGAAGGUGGAAAGGCAGGCAGAGGAAGCCAGUGUCCUGGUUGGUACUCAAGCACCGCCCAAUCCAGCACUUUCCACGGAGAAGAACGGUACUAAUGGCAAUUCAGAAGUAGCUGGCAAGGAUUGUACAAGCAAUGCGGUCGAUGUCAAAGCUGAGGUGAAGGAGGGCGACGACGACGAGCAACAGGACGAGGAAGAGGGGAUGGAAGUAUAGGAGCGUGUGAAGCAAGAACACCCAAAAAGCCGGUCAGGGAGCAGUUCGUCUGAUUGAGUUCAUUGCCACAUCCCUGUACGUUUUCCUAUUCCAGCUGACCUAAGUGUGUGAAGCAGUGGAGGUAUUCCCUGUGCAGCAUGCAGUGGAAGUGCCACUGUGUGCUGCUGCUGCUCCAGUCAACACAUUACACUCAAAGCAAACAUGACAGACACUGCACCGUAUCAUUACGAGUAAGUGUUGAACCGAGUCGCACAGAGCAAAGCACCACACACCCGCGUGUGCUUUCCCGUGUGCUCCGUGAGUAAAUAUUGCCUGUACAUCCGUGACUGAUCAUCUUCUUCUUCUGUCAUGUGAAAAGUAUUAAUUAAUUGUGUUUGGCUUUCCCCUUCUCUUGAUGUUGUGCGCGCCUAAACUUCACUGCAUGCAACGUGGUAGGAUAUUUUGUUUUAUACUCAUCUUGUGUAGAUUUACAACAGGCUAUCACCGUUGAAUAUUUUGUCGUUUUAUCAUUUGAGCUGGUCUCGACAUUUCCCACUAGGACGUUUAUCGCUGAACUUUAGUACAUCAGUCUUUAUUCCGUUUCUUCCUCGAAUCCACUCCAAAGCUGUGUUUUCCAUCUCUUUUUGGCUACUGCACAUGUAUACCACAGUGAGUCCAGCGUAGUGCAUCUACACUGCACACUAUACCCCAGUAAGGUUGACCAGUUGACUGUGUA